GCUGGGAAUCUCCGUGCAUUUGGGCUGCCUGAGCAGCAAUCCGUGCAUCUGCUCUCUCAGAGAGCCAGGAUCUGAAACAGAAUCUAGACCCUUCAGCGGUUCAGACCGCAGGUUCCAGACCUUGCCUGAAGACGCCAGCUGCUGAUGGGCUGGGGCAUGGCCAGGUUCCAGCGCCAGGGACUGUGGGCCCUUGUGCUGGCUCUCCUGCUGGGGGCCUGCUGGGCCCACCCCAUCCCAGACUCCAGCCCCCUCCUCCAAUUUGGGAACCAAGUCCGGCAGCGCUACCUCUACACCGACGAUGCCCAGGAGACAGAGGUCCAUCUGGAGAUCAGGGCUGAUGGCACAGUCGGGGGGUCCGCCCACCAGAGUCCCGAGAGUCUCUUGGAGCUCAAAGCCCUAAAGCCAGGUGUCAUUCAAAUCUUGGGAGUCAAGACGUCCAGGUUCCUGUGCCAGAGGCCAGAUGGGACCCUGUACGGAUCGCUCCAUUUCGACGCUGUGGCCUGCAGCUUCCGGGAGCUGCUGCUGGAGGAUGGGUACAACAUUUACGAGUCCGAGGCCCGAGGCCUCCCGCUCCGCCCGCCCACCCGCAACUCCCCAUCCUGGGACGUACACCACUGGGGCCCCGCGCGCUUCCUGCCGCUGCCAGGCCCGCCCCUAGAGCUGCCGGAGCCCCCGAGGGUCCUGGCCCGUAAACCCCCCGAUGUGAGCUCCUCGGACCCCCUGAGCAUGGUGUGGUCUUCGCAGGGCGAAAGCCCCAGCUUCGCUUCCUGA